CUCCUUUCAAACUUGGAUCAUAAGUGCCUACCUUUUGAUUUCGAUUUGUGAUUUUGUGCACCGUCAUCGUGGGCCGCGCCGAUCGAGACUGGCCUGUGUUAACUGAACAAAAUGUCUCCAAAAGUAGCUGUUGUAACUGGAAGCAACUCUGGAGUUGGCCUUGCCAUUGUCCGAGCUUUCUGCAAGAAUUUUGGUGAGAAUGGAGCUGUUUAUUUGACGGCUAGGAACGAGGAGCGAGGGAUGCAGGCCGUAGAAGUCUUGAAGAAGGAAAGUCUUAAUCCUAGAUUCCAUCUUCUUGAUGUGGAUGAUGUUUGCAGUAUGGAGAAGCUUCGAGAUGAUAUCAAAACUAAACACGGUGGUGUGGACAUCCUGGUCAACAAUGCAGGAAUCGCCUAUAAGGAUGAUAAACCUAUGGCGGAGCAAGCUGUUGGGUCUAUCAAAACCAACUACCAUGGUGUCCUUUUGAUGACUAAUACAUUCCUCCCUAUCAUCAGAGAUGGUGGAAGGAUUGUCCACCUAGCCAGCUUGGUUGCUGCCAGGACCUUCUACAACAUCAGCGAAGAACUCCAACAGCGCUUUCGUGACGUUUCGACCGAAGAGGGCGUGACAGGCCUCAUGAAUGAAUUCAUUGAGGCAAUGAAAGAGGGAGAGCCAUGGACGAAGGGCUGGCUGGAUUUUUCUUACGGAACCAGCAAACUUGGAGUGGUGGCCCUCACCAAGGUGCAGGGUGAGAUGGUGAGGAAGGAUGCAAGCAAGAAAGAUGUUCUCAUCAAUUGUUGUUGUCCUGGCUACGUAGUGACAAACAUGACAGCUGACCACACCGGUGACGAUGCCAAUAGUAGGAUCACCCCAGACCAGGGGGCAGACACUCCUGUCUACCUGUCCCUCCUCCCGGCCGGGACCGCAGACAUCCAGGGUAGGUUUGUUUCCAAGAGAACUGUCAAGAAUUUCUUUGAGGAUGACAUCAGACCAGUCACAUUCAACUAAUCCGUUUUUGUUGCCUCCUUAUUCUACUAGGUCUUUCUCAAAAAUGUUUGUUAUAUCUAUUAGAUAGACAACUUAGAUAGUGUUAUACAUGUAAAGACAUUUUUGCAGCAUAUGAUGCAGGCCCAAUUGUGUUACUUUGUAAAUUUGGAAUAUUCUGUUUGGUAUAUUUAGCUUGAAAGUGACACUGUCAACUUUUAAAACAUCACACAUACACUGGCUGAAAGUGACCGAGUUAAGAUACUGAAAACAUGCUCAGUUCUUUGAAAUGAAAGAAAAGUCUUAUAAAAAGGGCUGACUUUGCAAAAUCUAACAUUUCUAAGUAACAUUUACUUCUUGCUUUUUGGUGUGAAUUUAAGUAAAAUCUUACAGGAAGUCUGGUUAAAAACUCUCUGAAAAUCAGCAGGGGAGUAGACACGGAUUCACCCAUGUUCCAAAUGUUGGUUUUAGAAUCAUCAUAAUUUGUGCCACUCAAAAACUUGCAUAGUUGUGGUUUCAUCAACUCAGAACUCCUACGUCACAAUUAGAGUACUGGUAUACUUAUAUUUUGAUCAACCGCACAUAUUUACUUUUUAUAGCUUAAUGAAUUUUGGAUAGUGCAAUAUACAGGGUAGGCCUAUAUUGAAGUUUGUAGACUCAGAUUACGCAUAACUGGCCUGUAUUACAGAAAUGAACAAAAUUUUGUAACUGUUGUUUGAUAUUAGGUAUCCAUGCAAUUAAUAUAUUAUACUACAUCAUAUUUUAUUUUAUUAUCCUAAUAUCCUCACAAAGGAUUUAGAUUUUUUAUAUUGAAAUAUGCCUUAUACAUAAAUAUUUUCAUCUUUUAGUUAAGAGUUAAUCUGCUCAAUAUUUUUGGUGUUAUCAUCAGGGGUGUGAGAGUUCAGAUUUUUAUCUGAUUUCAGAUUUUUUUCGUUUUGAUUUUCAGCUUAUUUUUGGCUCUCCUCUGUACAAAAAGUAUGGGAGCUCUUUCUAUUUCAGAAUUUUUCUACAAGUUUCAGCUUUUUUCAGAUCUUUUUAUUUGGGACCACUCACACCCCUGUAUCAUGGAACCUUUUUUAAUAAUUAAUGAAAUGCAAUAUACUUAUCAUUGCUGAAAUACAGUAGAGAGAGAGUUUGGCUGACCCGGUUUCUAUGGAUUACCAAUAUGGUGCAUAAUGAUUAGCUAGGCAAGCCCAAUUCAAAAGGAAAUUGCGCCAUGUUGGUAACCCAUUGAAACCGGGUUGGCCGAACUCUUUAUAUUAAAAAGGGGAAUCCAGCCUUGGUCAUAAAAUGUUGUGUUGGAAAGGAGAAAAAUAAAUAUAACAGAAUGGUGAAAGUUUGAAAGAAAUCGGACAAGCAAUACGAAAGUUACAGGUGCUUUAAAAUUGAGAUCCCUAAUACUAUGUAGAUUUCAAAUUGGCAACUGGGUAAGUAAAUUAUGACAAGGGGCAAGGACAACUUUCCCAUAGGCCAUGUACUUUAUUAUCAGGGAUUUGUGGUUUUCUCCUAAGUAACCAUUCCCCUGGGACCGUAAUCUAAAUAUAACCCAAGUAAUAUAUUGUUUUAUAUCCUCAUAAAAGAAAAAUAUAAUUUGAAGUAAAACUUUUUGAAAAAAAUGACAUUUUAGCCAUUUUAUGUAUUUGAGUACAUGGAUGAGUAGUCCUUGCCUUACAUCACUAUGACAUCACAUAUGUGGCCAAUUUGAAGUCUCCAUGGGUAUAGUGAUUACCUAUAUUUACAACUUUUAAAAACUCAAAACUGUCUUAUUGUUUGUCCGAUAUUGUUCAAACUUUCACCUAUCAACUUGUGUGAUUUUUCUUUGUCCUCUACCAACAAGUUUUUCUUUGGGUUGGAUUCCCCUUUAAUGGCUCUGCUGAAAUAACAAUCAUUGCGCCCUCUCUUGACUAGAUAAUAGUAAAAAAUGUAAGAAUAAGAUUAUAUUUUUAUCUAGUUCAAUUUGAGAUGUCUGGAAUUGUCAUAUUUUUUUCAAUAUGAGAUAGUUGCUCUAAAAAGUAUACUACCUUUUUAUGGGGACAAAUUACAUAAAUAACCAGUUCUGAUAUACUUUGAUUGAGUAGCAAGAUUAGGUUAAUUGACUCAAUAUAAUCAAAUCAUUGAGUGUGAUAGAUCAAUGAUUGCUGAGAAUACCAUCAACUCAGAUCAUACAAUCAGGGUAUGCAUGCUGAAUGCAUAUUUUAAAAAGAGUGCCAAUUUCCACUGUUCCAAUAAGCGCACAUUUUGACCGGUACCUCUGGGACUGCUGAAAGCACCCAUUAGCCACUGGAAAGGUGCUUUUGUUGUUAGGCAAAAAAAAUAUUUUAAAAAGGUGGUCACAUGAUGAGAUCUGGCCAAUCAGAUGAUUAGGAUCCAUACCACCAUUUCAUGAUAUAUUAUAAAGCGAAUCAUGCUUGAUUAUUUUUUUGGCAAAGCUAUCGCCCCAUUGAGAUUAAAGGUGUGCAAUAUACCCAUGCUGUAGUGUAAAUAAUAACUUGUUCCGUUUAUAUUUUGUGUGAGUCUAUAGUUUUUACUUCAUCUCUCGUAUUUGUCAAUUGUUAUUCACUUAUGUAUUGCUAAGUUGUUAAAGAUAAAUUCCAGUUUUGGUAACGAUCUCAAAAUGACUUUUUACAGAAUCUAAUAUAAUGACCACCCAAGUGUCUGUUUGUAUGAAUAAAAAAUAUGUGCCAAAGGAUUCUGGAAGAAAUUGUGUAAUUGCUGAGAAAUAAGCAAAAUAAGCGCGAAUUCGGUCACUUCCGUCGGGUCUUUAUUCCAGUAAUAAUAAUACACUGUCCCACGUGUGCCUAUCUGUGUUGGUGAUCUUCAGUGUGAACAUUUUUCAGCGUAGAUUUCAAGAUUUCACAAAGUUCAGUUUAUGUAACUGUACCAGAUCUAGAUCCUCGAUGAUAUACUGACAAUUAAGCCUGGUUUUACAGACUUUCUCAUGAAAUCAGUGUUUACUGCAACUACUGGCAUUUCUCUUUAAGUUGAGGUAGUCAUUCAAACUGAAGUUGUAAAGUGCUGCAUGUGUAAAAUACAUGACCAAAAUGAUAAUUUGUGUUUCUGUAUAAAUGUUACAACAACUUGCCAUGGUAGAAAAUAUGCCAUGAACUCAACUAUGCAAUACUUACGUUUUUAAUAAUUCUAGAUACCUCUACUUGUAUUCCGCAUGAACUGCCUUCAUAGAAGCUGGUAAUAUUUUUAGCUUCAUUAUAGGUUUUAUAUUUUGAAAUUAGCUGAGUUUUACUAAAGGGAGAUACGACCUUGGUGUUUGACUACAUGUAGUCCUGUUGUGUUUUUGCAUUCACAUUACAAUAAUACUACUUAUUAUAGCGCCUAUUAUUUUAUCAGAAGUUUCUAAAGCGCACUUCAUUGAUGCAGUAUAAUAACCCUCACUAGGUUAUUCUCACAUAAGACUCCACUAUUCCUGUUUUUACAGUCAUAUCCUAAAAGCAAGUUUUAUUCCACUUUUGGUGACCAGUUUGAAGUGAAUUUUUACUGGGUCCAGCUAAAAAAAAAAUUGUUUUUUUAAAGAUCAAGAUGAUUAUGAAUCUAAUGUUGGUGCAAGGUCUACAAGUCAAAAACUGAAGCAAAAAGAAAUUAGAUUUUUGAUGAUCCUAGAUGAACCAAAAUAGAUAUUAUUUUCAGGCUAUACAUAGUUAUUAGUGACAUACACAUGCUGUCCUAUUAAAGUCAUGUUACCUUUGUGAGGAUCCGAUUAUGAAUGAUAUCGUAAAUUUGAUAGUUAUACACCAUUGAAUAUAUCUGCUCAAUUAUCGAUUCUCUUUCUGAUAUAUAAAAGUUAAAUGAUAAAUAUGUUAAUUCUGUAAUUUCUAGAUCUAUGAAUUUGUGAUCAUCAUAAAUAUGAAAGCAAUAUUUGACAAUAAAAGUCAAGUAAUAUAAGUCCAUUAAGUUGGUUUAAACCAGCAUCUUGUUAAAGCUAGAAUGUACUUUUAAGUAUAUUCACAAAUAGAUUAAUAUAUUUUUUUAAUAUUUGUAUAAAAUUUAUAUUAUGAAACACAAGCAAUGUACCAGUAGUUUGUUACGGAGAGUGCUUGCACCUGAGAAUAAAUUAGUCCAUAGUACUGUCAAUGUGA